AUGGCAUCAAGGAUUCGACCACUGGCUCCGGCCUUCAGAACACUGCCCAGGACAGCAGCAGCUCGCCUUCCCUCGACAGCAGCAACAUCGUCCCUCGCAGCGCAGACUGCAGCUGCAGCAAGACGAUCCCUUUCCCUGAAAUCCUUUUUCACCUCCAGCAAGCCCAAGUCCGAUCCAUUCACUUCGCAAUUCGAACCAGUCCUCGAGCAGGUUAACCUCUUUCAUCCCCUCAGCAAGUCUCCCUUGCCCGCAGUACGCAGCAAAGCAGAAUGGAUCAACAACCACGGAACAUGUCCUGUAUGCAAGGAACACGAGCCCGAGGAGAAGAGCAAGGCACCAAAGUACGAGUGCCCGGAUUGUGGAUAUCCAACCCACUGUAGCGAGGAACAUUAUAAGAUGGACAAGGGGAAUCAUAAGCAUGUCUGUGGGGUACUCAGGGAGGUCAACGAGGACGAGCACGACCUUCGAUCUGGCCGUCGCAUGAAGGAGUUUGAGUUCCCGGGUGCGCAGCAUCGUGAUGAGGCGGUCAACCUGUCAAAUUGGGACACUUUCCUCUACACCCGUGGAUUCCUCAGUAUGAACUCGGAGCGAUCGAUGCGCCACGUCUCCCAUGUCUUGACAUACCCUCUCACCAUCGGCUCGGUUCUCCAUCAGUCUUCGCCAUACCGCCUCGGAAAGGAUCUCACUGUUGAGGGAUUGAAGUCAUUAGCUGCUCUUCGCCAUACACUGCACCCAGCUAUCAUCGGAGGAAUCACUCAGGCUCAGGAUCUUCGCACGACAGCAACACACACCGUUCGCAUCUUUUGCUUGGGAGCACGCGCAGAGUCUCACCUCCCACCCCACAUUUACAUGCAGCUCGCUUACCUGUUCCCCAACACAGCCUUCCAAAUCCAUUUCAUCGGACCGGACGCGAUCCCACCACACACAAAGUCGAAGGAUCCCCACCAACAUGUACACUACGAGCAGAUGACAUUUGUGUAUGACAGUUCUCGCUAUGAGGCCUAUCACGCCGAGGCAGGACCCUUCAACCCUUAUUACGACAUCUUCUUCCUCUUCUCGCCCGGACUCGCUCACCCGGCCACCCGAGAGAUGUGGAAGCCGACGAUCCCACUCUUGCUCGACACCAAGUGCGCGAUCUUUGGAACAGGAUUCGAUGAGAACGAUGUGAUGAACGAUGUGAACGAGAUUGAGAGUUCGGGAUAUGAACUCGACUGGUUGAUGAAACCCAGGGAGAAUGUGUUCAGGAGCUUGAAGCACGAGAUCAAUAUGACGGACGUCCGUCAGUCGGCCCAGUGUAAUUGGGGCAUCUGGGGUAUCCGUGGACGCCGAUAUGAUGUUAGGCCUGCGGAGGAGUAG